AUGGUAGACCCCAAACCUGACCGCAGCUGGUCCGAUGAACCUGCACUGCUCAAGCUUGUGCAUUGGUACAGGCUGUUUGACUCUACAGCACCGCCUCGUCUGGGCAUAGACAUCGAUAGGCGGCUGCCCUACGUAGUCGUUUCUGCAUUUUCGGUUGGCUUUGGCGUUGGGUCUUCGCACGGAUCCAAAAAAGCAGCAUUUCAGUUUCGCGCAGAGAACGCUCACCGAUUUCCUACGACAUCGACUGGGUGGUUCCAAUACCACAAGACCAAGAACUACAAGUCAAUUGUUGGAGGUGUUUUUGAAGGGGUCAAACUUGGGACGAGGCUAGGUGUCGGCGCAAUGGCUUUUACUCUGUUUGAGGAGACUGUCGACUACGCACGCCACGAUCGCCGGGACUUUAUUUCUACAGUUAUUGCUGGUCUGUCGUUUUCUGGAAUCUACAGUGCUCUAGCCCGCCACGACAUAUACACUGCCGCGCGUACAACCAAACUGGGCCUCAAGCUAAGUCUUGCGUACGGUUUGACUCAGGACGCUCUAGAGGCCAUGAAAGGGAACCGUCCUGCGUACCUCCAGUCUCUGCUUGGUGGCCGUGAUUCUCGAUCAACACACGAUACUGUGUGA